UGCUUCUAUUUCCUCUCUCUCUCUCUCUCUCUCUCUCUCUCUCUCUCUCUCUCUCUCUCUCUCUCUCUCUCUCUCUCUCUCUCUCUCUCUCUCUCUCUCUCUCUCUCUCUCUCUCUCUCUGUCUCCUCUGCUUCCUCUCUCUCGUGGCAGCGUUAGCAGCAGACAUCUGGACUGAAUGUCAGGUCUUUUUAGUCACAGAGAGAUUGAAGAGGGCGUGUCAUCAAUAAGACCCGAACCUUCCCCCCAGGAGGGUUGAUAAUACCUUCUGUUUGUGGUUCACCGCUCCUCUCCCCUUCUUGACUGCGUUAGUGUGGACAGCCUGAUGGACUCGAGCCGUGGGGCGGCCACUGCAACUGAGCUGUAAACAUCCUCCUGGGAAUGCUGUCUGGAACGUUAAAACUUUCAGAACUUUUGGAACUCUCUGAACAUUAAGAACUCGAUUGGUCAGAAGUGUUCCGGAAGGUCCCAGACGUUGGAACUGUUGGAACAUUCCAGAACAUAGGAGUAGGACUCCAAUCCCCAGACUGAAAGACGGAGUCCAGUGGGGAGUCCUAAACAAAGCUGAUGAGAUGAAUACAACGUGUGUUCUGAUUUCUAAGAGCGUCAACAGAAACUUCCUGAUGGGCGUCUACAUUGUGGCCUUCAUCUUGGGCUUGACCUUUAACCUCCUGACCCUGGGCCCCAUCAUCCAGCAGGUGCGCAGACACAAUGUUCUGGGAGUGUUCCUCCUCAACCUCCUCCUGUCAGACCUGCUCUACAUCCUCACCAUGCCACUGUGGGUCAACUACUACCACAACUACCACCGCUGGGGCCUGGGGUCGGCCUCCUGCAGUGUGGCUGGCUUCAUCUACUACUCAAACAUGUACAUCAGCAUCUUCCUGCUCUGCUGCAUCUCCUUGGACCGCUGUCUGGCCGUGACCAGGCCCCUGAGGUCCAAGGCGAUUCGGAGCUCCCGCAACGCCUGGCUGCUGUGCACGGGUGUGGUGGUGACCGUCAUGUCACUGCACGUCCUGGUGCUGAUCAAGGACAACCUGACGGACGCGCACGACGAGGUCAACAACAACGACCGCUGCUACGAGACCUACCCCAUGCCCGAGCCGGUGGCUCGCUUCAACAUGGCGAGGGUGGGGGUAGGAUUCCUGCUCCCCCUGCUGGUCCUGGGAGGCAGCUACUCGAUGGUGGUGGCGACGGUGGGCCAGAGCCACGGCCUCAGUCCCAAAGCCAAGCGCAAGGUCCGCCUCCUGUCGUUCGGCGUGAUCGGCAUCUUCUCCGUGUGCUUCGCGCCCUACCACAUCCUGCUGCUGGCGCGCUCGCUGGUCUUCUACCUCCGCAACCUGGAGGACUACUGCGGCUUUGAGAGGGCCACCCACUUCCCCUUCUCCUGCAUGCUGGCCCUGUCCACCCUCAACAGCGUGGUGGACCCUGUGCUGUACGUGUUGGUCAGCAACGUCAAGGAGGACUUCCGACUCUGCUGGGGGCGGACGGGGAGGAGGAUGUCGAGGAGGAGGUUGCGGGGUGGCGGAGGUGGCGGCCAGGCGUGCGAGUUUGGGAGGAUGAAGGUUGAGACGGAGGGCAAGGGGGAGGAGAGAGGGCAGGGUUCUCCUGCAACCGCCAGGACGCAGACAAACUCGAUCUGAGGACUGGUGUGUGUGUGCGCUCGUGCCUGUGUGGGGGUGGGCGUGUGUGUGUCCUUCCUUGUGUUCAAAGUCCUCAAUUACAUGGUGUUCAUAUCCACUUGCUGGCUGAGGUGAUGUGAUAGCCAUCGAUCCAGAGAGAGGAGAACACACUGUCACCAGCCUUUGUGUUCCUCUUCUCAUAUCCUGCUCGGCUCAAGAGGCUUCAUGAGCCUCAUGAAUACGCGUCCUCUGAGGCCUUCAAUUCAAGUGUGUUUUCGACUGAGCGUUUGUGCUGAAGAGAGAGAGAGAGCGAAUGAAAGAAAAAUAAAGAGAACGGUGUGUGUGUGUGUGUAAGGGGAUGGAUGUGAGUAUGACAUGUGUGUGUGUGUAUGUGUGUGUGUCAGAGGACAAAUAUAUGUGUUUGUGUGUGUGUUUACAUGACAAUAAUUUGAUUGAUGUGUGGAAGGGGAGGUUAGCUAGGGAACAGCUCUCCUAGUUCUGUGUGUGUUCUGAAGGGUACUUCUCCUCUCUCUUAGAACACAAAGACUGAUGUGUUCCAACUUGACGCGAGAGACAAGGAACAUUGAUCUGUUGUUGUGUAUGCCAGUUACCAUAUGGCUGCUGUGAUCGCUACGUAAAUAGCGUACAUCGCUAUGUAAAUAUUUUGUAUUUCAAUUCAAUUAAACCGUUGCAAAGUUGAAUGCAUUGCUUUUUCCUUUGGUCGUUUGUGUCUUUUAGCUCCCUUUCUUUCCUCUUGUAAAAUCUUGUGUGUGCAUGCGUAUAUGUGUGUGUUUGUGUCUGUGUGUGUGGGGGGGACAAUUAUUUAUGUAUUUGUGUCUGUGAGUAUGUGUGUAUAAAGAUUCUGUAGUCUAAGGAUAGUUUGUGGGUGUGUG